ACCGUUAACAUGUUGAUAAUAACGACAAGAGAAUAUUACGGAUAACACGCGCAAAAAAAAAAGUAUUGUCUUUACAUUUUUUAAACUCGCACUUUAGAGAAUUCUUUUUGCUUUUCUAAGGACCGGACCGCAAUAUGAUUUCUUUUUGAAUAUAUUCGAAAAUUUUAAAGCUAAAUUUUGUUUUUGUAAUAAUUUGUAAACUUUAAAUAAUUUAAGUGUACAUGUGUACCUAUAUUAAGUACAUUAAGAUCGCUUGCGGCAGCUAUUCAUAAUUUGAAUCACAAGAGACGUAUGAAUUAAAAAAUAAUACAAAAAAAAGAAGUGAAAUCAAUAAAAUAAAUAUAAAAAAAUAGUUAGAAUUUUUCUUUCGGUUUUAUUGAACUUUUAAUAUUUUUGCUUUUUUUUGUAAUAAUAUUUUUAUGAUGGUACUAUUUUUUCUAUAUCGGCAAACUAUUCACAUACAAAAAAAAUACGCAUAAAUGCGGAUAGAAUAAAUUAACAUUUAAACGCAUUUUGGCUAAAAUCAAAAUAUUGAAAUUAUUUUGUGAAUAUUUUUAUGAUUAAUCGCAGCCAUUACUUACAUUGUAUAUAGAAAUAUUAAUAUAAAAUUUGCAAAACGAAAUUUAAAAAAAAUACACAAAUUUAUUUGCGCUGAUAUUAUUAAUUAAAUAACGGUGCCUCUGUGAUUCUAUAAUACAUUUUAUUAUUGCAUACCUACGUGAGCAUAUGAGACAAAAUAAAUGCUAAUCGAAUCAUUGUUUAGAACGUAUUUUCCAUAUUUUAAGAAUAACAAAAUUUAAACUUCUCGUAGAUAAAGAAUUAAACCUUAAAAAAUAAUCCAAAUUUUAAAAAAUAUUGAGAAGAUGGCAUUUUAUAAAAUUAUUUUAGCAAUUUUGGCAAUUCACCAUGGUGGUGUUAUAACUGGAUCAUUUGCAAAUAGCGGUACAAUACCAUGUGGAGGUUUAUUAUGUAGACCAAUUUCAGGAAUUUUUACUAAAGAUCCACUACCAAACGAAUAUGUUCAUGUUGCAACUUUACCAGCUGGUGCAUCAAAUAUUUCAAUAACAGAAUUGAAAAAUAGCAAAAAUUUAUUAGUGCUAAAAUUACAUAAUGGUAAAUAUGUUUUUAAUGGUGAACAAACACCAUCAAGAAGUGGACCAUAUGAAAUAGCUGGUGCAACAUUUGAUUAUAGACGAAUUGAUGGUUUGAUUGCAACUGAUGGAAAAGAAAUUGAAGGUGUUACAGAAUGGAUUACAUGUCUGGGACCAAUACGUGAAACAAUUGAAUUAAUGGUAUUUGUAACAGAUAAAAAUCCCGGAAUCAAAUAUGAAUAUCUUUUACCAGUUUUAUCAAAUUCAGAAGAAGAUGAAAAUUCAAAUUCUAUUGAAUCUGAUGGUGAAGUUCAUUUAAAAUCAGGAGAUGAUGACAAUUUACCAACAUCGGUAACAGUGACCAAACCACGUCGAAAAAGACGAUUCCAAUGGAAAGUUGUUGGUUUUAGUCCAUGUAGUAAAUCUUGUGGUGGUGGUACACAAACACCUAUCAUACGCUGUGUGCGUGAAAUACCAAAACGAUUUUAUUCAGCUAAACGUUGUUCACAUACAGAAAAACCAAUUUUAAAUGAAAAUCUAUUACGUUGUAAUACACAACCCUGUCCAGCAUAUUGGAGAAUUGAAGAUUGGGGUGAUUGUAGAUGUCAUUUAGGUGAAGGUUUUCGUGAACGUGAAGUAAGAUGUGUACAAGAAUUAGCAACUGGAAUUGUUAUACAAGUUAAUACAGCUGCCUGUUUGGAAGAAGAACCAUCAAGAAAGAAACGUUGUGAAUGUCCAAAAACAUCAACAUCAUCAAGACGAAAACAUUAUUUAAAUCACAUUCAUCAUAAUCGUAAUAAACAUCAAUCAAGAUCACCUGUUGUCGAUAAUUUUAUAAUGAAUAGUAGUACAGUGGCACCACAAAAACAACAUGAUUAUAAUAAAUCUGGUACAUGGUUAGUAUCAGAUUGGAAUCAACAUUGUUCAGCUGAAUGCGGUACCGGAAUUGAAUAUCGUUCAAUAUUUUGUGAUAGAUCACCACCAAAUUCAGAUAGAUGUGAUUUACGUUUUACACCAGAUACAACGAGACCAUGUGAAAAUGAACGUUCAUGUGAUACUGGUGAAUGGUUUACAAGUCCAUGGAGUCAAUGUAGUGGUAGUUGCUUUAAUUUAACAAGAAAUCGUCAAGUUAUAUGCAUACGAAAUCAAUUAAUUGUUGAAGAUGAUGAAUGUAUAUUAAAUGAGAAACCAGAACAAUUACAAAAUUGUACUUUUCAAGAUGUUGAUUAUUGUAAACCAAGAUGGCAUUAUUCAUCAUGGACAGAGUGUUCGAAAUCAUGUGAUGGUGGUACACAAAGACGAACUGUUAAAUGUCUUGAAUUGGAUAUCAAAGAAAAUACAUUAAAAGAAUCACAAAGAUGUCGAUAUGCUGAACGUGAACCAAUUUACAGAAGUUGUAAUACACAUAAUUGUCAUGAACCACGUGUUGAAAUGAUCCAAAAUGAUAUUGCAACAUGUAAUGAUGAAUUUUCAAAUUGUCAUUUAGCUGUUAAAGCGAAAUUAUGUGGUCAUGAAUAUUAUCAACAGAAUUGUUGUUAUUCAUGUCACGUUGAAUUAUUUAAUAAUAGUAAUGAAUAGAAAUAAUUAAUUAAUUUAUUUAAAAUUUAUUUUAUUUUAGUUUGAAAAAUUUUUUAAAUUUUACUAAAAUUCGAAUUUUAGUAAAAAUAUAUCUUUAAUGAUUUAUUGUCCUUUUUGUAAUUUCUCUUGCGAUUUAGAAAUUUUUAAAGUAACCUAGGGACAAAAUUAAAAAAUAAUAAGAAAGGUUGGAAGUUUAAUAUACUUUUGGGAACUUCCUUUACAAUUAUAAUUAUUCAGACUUUGCAUCUCAUAUUUUUGCAGAAUUCAGGAAAGCAUAACACAAGCUGAGUUGUGCGCAGUUAUAACAUAUGAGAAUUAUUAAUAGAAAUUCUAUACUUUAUCAUUUAUAUUUUUAAAUUACGGAUGCAAAUUGCUACUAAUAUUCUGUUAAUUUGCUUCUUUGAGUUUAAGAGUUGAGUUAUAAUUACAAUUUAGUUAUGGCAAUCAACAUUAUAAGGUAACCAGAAGCAUUAGUGUCGUAACCCAAAUACAUGAAAAUAUUACUUAUUACUUAAAUCUCUGUAGCAUAUUUUCUCUGUCAGGAUCAAUGAUGAAAAAUUUUUAAUUAAGUGGCUUAACACAUAUUGUGACUUAAUAAUAUUAAUAUGGGCUACGCAGUUAUGCUUCUGAGUCCUUUAUAUUUAAUCUUUGAAAAACUUACUUUUGUUUUUUAAUUAUAUAUGUACAAGUACAUAAUAUUUAAUUAAAUAUACUUUCUUAUUAUAAUCAUAACAUGAAUUUAGUUGAAAUAAUUAUAUUUUUAGUAUUAUUAUUAAUUAUACAUUUUAUGUAUAUGAAUAUACAACACAUAAUAUGACAUAUUAAUAUAAUAAAAUAAAAUUAAUAUUAAGACUUAAAACAGAUUUUUA